ACCUACUUCUUGAUAUCUCUGCAUCAGCCUUUGGUUGUCUGUUAGAGAAUGCCUCAGGCAUUAAGCCCGCCAUUGUACGUGAAUUGUAUAAGAGGUAUAAAUAAAUAAAAACAUAUUUUCGAUAUUAUAACCAAUACCUCAACUUCUUUAAUUUGAUACGUUAAUAGCUCGGUCGUCCCCACAUCGUGUCGUGUCAUCUAAAUCCUAAUACCCCCACGGCGCGCCGCUUGGGCCCGCGCCCGCCGCCGCUCGGGCACACGCCGGCAGUCGCAGCCUGACUGCGGAACAGCCAACACCCAGGCAGAAUGCAUUGGCUCCUGUACGUAUCGGUGGCGGCGGCGUGCGUGCUGCGGCCCGCGGCGCCAGCCGAGUACCUGCUGCCCGGCGACACGCCCCCGCACCACUACAGCCUCAAGUACGCCUUCGAUAUCGACCCCAACACCAACUUCAGCUUCUACGGAGUUGUCGAUAUACUGCUCCACGCCAAUUCCGCAACAUCAAAGAUAGUACUCCAUGCGAAAGACUACACUGUGUCUGACAACGGGGUCAGCAUCGCUGGUCCUCAGACCCCGAAGGUGGCGGGAGUCAGGCUGAACGACACGUACAACCUGCUGACCAUCAGCCUGGACCGGGACCUGCAGCCGGGCAGGAACUACACUCUCACCAUACCCUUCUACGGCAACCUGAAGCAAGGAUUGGACGGAGCUUACAUCAGUACUUACGUUAAUAAGGAGACGAAGACAAAAGAAUACCUAAUAGCGACUCAAUUCGAGGCGAUAUCUGCCCGCAAGGGGUUCCCCUGCUUCGACGAGCCGAUGUACAAAGCCACCUUCACAAUAACCAUAGGACAUCAUAAGGAUUUCAACGCGAUCUCCAACAUGCCGCUGGAGAGCAGUUCCACUAACAAUGCCCUUGAGGAUCAUUGGCCGUGGACGAAAAUCGAAUCAACUUUCAAGAAACCACAAUCAGACUUUGUGUGGGACACGUACGAGAAGUCCGUAGCGAUGUCGACCUACCUGAUGGCGUUCGUGGUGUCCAAGUUCUCGCACGUGACCAGCCCCGAUGACCUCUCCGACACCAAGUUCAGGAUAUGGGCGAGGAACGAUGCUAUGGAUCAGACAGCCUACGCGUCAAUAACUGGACCGAAAGCGCUGGCAUACUUCGAGCAGUGGUUCAACGUGUCGUACCCGCUCCCGAAGCAGGACAUGAUCGCCAUCCCCGACUUCGCGGCCGGCGCCAUGGAGAACUGGGGGCUCAUCACGUACCGGGAGACGGAACUGCUGUAUGAUGAGAAGCAGUCCUCGUUCCUGAAUAAGGAAAGAGUUGCCGAGGUGAUAGCCCAUGAGCUAGCUCACCAGUGGUUCGGUAACCUGGUGACCAUGAAGUGGUGGUCGGACCUCUGGCUGAACGAAGGCUUCGCGACGUUCGCGGCGUCGGUGGCCGUCAACCACGUGGAGCCGACCUGGAACGCGGACCGCAGCUACGCGGCUGAUAACAUGCUGUCCGUACUUAAUUUAGAUGCCCUAGAGUCUUCGCAUCCAGUGUCGGUCCCCAUCGAUGACCCGAAGCGCAUUUCGGAGAUAUUCGACGAGAUCUCGUACCGCAAGGGAUCCACCCUCAUCAGGAUGAUGACCAUGUUCCUCGGAGACGAGGUCUUCAGGAAGGCUAUCAACAAAUACCUUCGAAAGUACUCGUACCACAACGCGGAACAGGACGACCUGUGGCGCGAGCUGACCGCCGUGAGCCAGGACUACGGCACCCUCACCAGGAACGUCACCGUCAAACAGAUCAUGGACACGUGGACCACGCAGACCGGGUACCCCAUCCUCACCGUCAUCAGGGACUACGGGGAGAAGUCACUCACUAUCACACAGCGCCGCUACCUGUCCCUGUCGGAGAAGAAGUCGUCAGCGCACCCGUCGUGGUGGGUCCCGCUGAGCGUGCUGUGCGAGGCGGAGGCGCGCGACUCGCCCGCGCCGCUGCAGUGGCUGGCGGCCGACGAGGGCCUCACGCAGCAGCACAGCUUCCAGCAUGGCUCCGGCCCCGAGCAGUGGGUGCUCUUCAACUAUGAUAUGAUCGCCCCCUACCGCGUGAACUACGACCAGCGCAACUGGCAGCUGCUGACGAACACGCUGCGCAGCGAGCACACGCGCGUGCCCGUCAUGGGCCGCGUGCAGCUGCUGUCCGACGCCUUCGCCCUCGCCUGGACCAACAACCUCGACUACUCCACCGCUCUCAACCUAGCAAGCUACCUGCAGCGCGAGAAAGACUACCUGCCACUUUCCACUGGUCUGAAGGCCCUCGCCAAGAUCGAGAACGUUCUGAAGCGCACUCCGGACUACGGAGCCUUCCAGAAGUUCGUGAGGAAGCUGAUCGGAGAGACCUACGAGAAGUCCGGAGGACUGGCCACCAGGAGGAUCAUGAACGGACAGGAUCUCAACAGCGUUAAGAUGCAGGUGACGACGAGUGCGUGGGCGUGUCGCAUGAAGGUGCCCGGCUGCGAGGAGAACGCCAUGCAGCUGUUCCAGCAGUGGAUGGACUCCGAGAACCCCGACGAGAACAACCCCAUCCCGCUGGACCUGCGGCGCACGGUGUACUGCGUGGGCGUGUCGCGCGGCAGCGUGCUGGCGUGGCGCUUCGCGCUGGCGCGGGAGCAGCGCGCCAACGUGGCGGCCGCGCGCGACGCGCUGCUGCAGGCGCUCACCUGCACGCGCGAGGUCUGGAUCCUGGCGCAAUACUUGGAGUGGACGAUCACGGAGGGCUCGGAGGUGCGGCGCCAGGACGCGGGCGCCGUCAUCGCCAACAUCAUCCGCUCGCCUGUCGGCUACUACGUCGCCAAGGACUUCGUGUACGACCGGAUCGAGGACAUCUAUAAUGCAUUCAAGGGUCAGGGUCGUCGCGUCGGUCACAUCAUGAAGACUCUUCUGGAACAGUUCACUACGCAAUCGGAACUGGAUAACUUCCUAUCGUGGCGUGAGCAGAACGCCAAGUACCUCGCGGACUCGAAGCUGAGCGUGGAGCAGGCCAUCGAGAAGGCGCGCGUCAACAUCGACUGGAUCACCAAGAACAGGCGCGCCGUCGUCGACAAGCUAAGAGAGUUCUCCACGGAGGAGGACCUCGAGUUGUCGCACGACCCGUCGCGGCUCCGGCUGACGCACAGCGCGGCCGCCGGCCUCACUGUACACGUGCUCUGUAUAGUCCUCACUCCACUCUACAUUGUAUGAGAUACUAUAAAUAUUUGUAUCGGAAAA